UCACAGCAGUUUUUGUAUGUAUUGUUUCGUUUAAAUCUCAUAUCUCGUGUAUUUUCUAUUAGGCAAUUGAGUGUAGCUAAUUGUUUAUAAUAAUGAGCAAAGCUUUCGAGGAUGAUAUGAAACUGUAUGCGGAAUGUCGACACAUUAAACGGGGUAAACCAGACGUUCGUGUCACAGAAGAAAUAGCAAAGGAAAUCGGCCGCAACUAUAGGACCUUGCCCGCGUUCGAGAAAGGCCUUUUUGAUUACGUAUACACGAAUCAUUACUCUUUGGAGCGUAACGAUUUGCUUCGCUGCCGGUGGGUGGAGUACAAGAGAAACGUCGAGAAACGCGUUUUCGCACCCUUCCAGUUUCCUUGUAGCCGGGAUUUACAUUUCCACAAUGGCUGUAUACGAUUCCUGCCGUCCGAAUCGCCAUAUCGAUUGCCCGAAUAUAGGAUGAAGCUGAAACCGGGCCCGGGCGUCGACUUCCGCGGACAGAUGCCGAUCCCUCAGGAGCUGUUGAUGAAGCGCGGGAAAUCGGAAAAGGAAGAUGGCGGCAUAGUGAGGAAAGUUAAACAAGAUUGAAAUCCCGAUUAAAGAAAUUAAAUAAUACAAUAAUCUAUUA